AUGGAGCUGCUGCUGCUAGGUGAUAAUAACGGUGGUAAUCACUACGUCCUAAUAAAGGAUGUAAAUAGAAUGCUCUUCAGUGUUAGCGGAAACUCGAACAAGAAACACUUCUGUUUAUAUUGCUUCCAUAGUUGCGUUAGCGAAGAAUCAUUAAAGAAACAUAGUGAAACGUGUAUCAGUGUAAAUGGGACUCAGGCCACAAAGCUUCCAAAUGAAGGUUCAAAAAUAAAGUUCGGGCACUAUAGGAAUUCAAUGCCUGCACCCUUUGUGAUCUAUGCUGACUUUGAGUCUAUGCUGGUUCCUGAGGAGAGAAAAGCUGAAUCUGGAGACGCUGAGGAUAAAAGUACUACAGAACUUUACCAGACACACAAAGCUUGUAGUUUCGGGUUAAAAACAGUGUGUCAGUAUGAUGAUCAGUAUUCUGGUGAAUAUGUGAGCUAUGUUGGUGCAGACGCUACAGAGGUCUUCCUGAAGACAGUUCUGAAGGAAUCUAUUAAGUGUCGGGAAAUGGUGAACAAAAUCUUUAAGAAGAAGAUGGUCAUUACACCGGAACAAGAAACUGAGUUUUGGAUGACAAGAAACUGCUCCAUCUGCGGCAAUGACUUGGGGGAUGACAGAGUGAGAGACCACGAUCAUGUAACCGGACUGUUCCGCGGAGCUGCACAUAAUAUGUGCAACUUGAAAUAUAGAAUCACAUGGAAAGUUCCGGUGGUCUUCCAUAAUCUAAGAGGAUACGAUAGCCAUCUGAUAAUGCAGGAGAUUGGUAAGUUCAAGAUGAAUAUUAACGUGAUUCCAAAUAACAUGGAAAAGUACAUUUCAUUCUCGUUAGGUAAAAGUCUAGUGUUCAUUGAUUCAAUACAGUUCAUGGCCUCAUCUCUGGAAGCACUUGUGAGUAAUCUUUCACCUGAAGACUUCAAGAUAGUCGGUCAGCGGUGGCAAGGAGAGGACUUCGAUCUCGUAAGACAGAAAGGUAUAUUUCCAUAUGAAUACCUGGAUGAUAUCAGCAAACUCGACACCAAGGAACUUCCAAGCAGAGACAAAUUCUACUCAUCUCUAUAUGAAUCUGAAGUGAAAGAAGAAGAUUACCAGAGAGCUCUAAAAGUCUGGGAUUACUUCAAGAUGAAAACAAUGAGAGAUUACCACGAUCUCUACCUGGAGACUGACGUUCUUCUUCUGGCAGAUGUCUUUGAGAAUUUCAGGAAGACCUGUUUGGAAAAUUACAAGCUUGACCCUGCUCACUACAUCUCAGCACCAAGUCUAAGUUGGGACGCAUUCCUAAAGCAGUCAGGAGAAGAAAUAGAAUUGGUAAGCGAUAUGGAUAUGUUCCAGUUCUUUGAGAAGGGAAUGAGAGGUGGGGUAAGUCAUAUUGCUCACAGACACUCUACGGCAAAUAAUAAGUACAUGGAAACUUAUGACGAAGAGGCUGAAAACAAGUUCCUUAUGUACCUCGACGCCAACAAUUUAUAUGGCUGGGCGAUGUCUCAACCUCUUCCUAACGGUGAAUUUGAGUGGAUUGAGGAAGUUGAUAAAAUAAAUAUUGAUGACUACUUAGGAGACAGUGGAAGGGGCAUGGUUCUUGAGGUUGAUAUGGAAUAUCCAGCAGAACUUCAUGAUAUACAUAACGGAUACCCUCUAGCCCCAGAAAGUAAGGAAAUUGAUGUGUCAAUGUUAUCAGACUAUGCUAAGGAUAUUGCUGAUAAGUUCCAGCUGACAAUUGGAGGUGUGCGAAAACUGGUUAACUCCCUGGGUCCUAGGAAGAAUUACGUUCUACAUGUCAGGAAUUUAAAACUCUACAUGGAGCUCGGAAUGAAACUUAUAAAGGUUCACAGAGCAGUCUCCUUCAAGCAGUCAACUUGGUUAAAAAAGUAUAUUGACUUCAAUACUCAAAAACGAUCAGUCGCUAAGAAUGCGUUUGAGAAAAACUUCUUCAAGCUCAUGAAUAAUUCCAUAUACGGAAAGACUAUGGAGAACUUAAGGAAAAGGGUUGAUGUGAAACUGGUGUCGUCGGAAAAUGAUCUCCUAAAACUUACAGCAUCACCGUGCUUCCAGUCACAUAGGAUUAUGAAUGAGAGUUUGAUUGUAGUCAAAAGGUUGAAGGAAGUGUUAACUCUGAAUAAACCGUGCUAUGUGGGGAUGAGCAUCCUGGACUUGUCCAAGACUCUAAUGUACGACUUCCAUUACAACACAAUCAAGAAGGAGUACGGUAACAAGUCGAAGCUCCUUUUCACAGACACGGAUAGUCUCAUGUACGAGAUCAAAACUGAUGACGUGUAUGAGGACUUCAAGAGGAUCGGUAAGGAGAAGGACUGUUGGGAUAAUUCAGAUUAUCCAAAAGAUUCUCCGUAUUACUCAGCCCAUAAUAAGAAGGUUAUUGGGAAGUUCAAGGAUGAAGCUGAAGGAGUACCGGUGAUAGAAUUCGUGGGGCUAAGGUCGAAGAUGUACUCUUAUGUAAAGGAGAGUGGCGGAGGUGGAAUGACAGCUAAAGGUGUAAAAAA